AUUGCACGAGAGAGGUGUUUAUUUCUUGUUUCUCUCUCUCUCGCGUUAGAACGCGCGUUACCGACGGCGAAGGGUCAGUCGCGACAACGACAACAAGGUAAUCGCCGCGUCCAAGUCGAGGCGGUGUCCCUUCGGAUGGACACGGUGCGUGCGCGCGCUAAAUCGUAUCCCCCACCUUCCCCGUGUCACCUCUCGCUCGCUCCCACUUGUUUUCUUCCUUCCACCCUCCCACCUCUGUCAUUCCUCUCCCGACAUGGCCAAGACGUACCGUUACUCACGCGUCUCUCCUACUAUCCAUUGAUGCCUCCGCCGUCGCGUAACUCGUGCGUGCUCACUUGCGUGAAUCGUGCAUCGCGCGCGUGCAAGGACGACGCGCGUCUCUUCGUCGCCUGUGCAAGCUGGGACGGAACACGCCGCGUAUCCCGGCCGCAGGAUCGUCGCGCCGGAAGGUUAGAUUCGCGCAAAUGAAAGACGUUAGAUGAGGAAGUUCGCGAGACCGCCUGAAUUGCAGACUCGCCAGGAUGGUGGGUAGCAUGCCCAGCGGAUGGAUGAGGAGGUUCCUCCUCUUCCUUGUCCUGAUGACCGGAGUCCUGUUGAUCGCCAUGUACGCCCAUGCGCCGCCGCUCGCAUCGCUGCAGCCGUUUGCGACGCGUCGAAGACUUCAGGACUUGCAGCACGGCUUGGUUAAUUACCUGGUGGGUAAUGAAACCACAAUCGGACCGGAGGAACGGCUCUACGAGUAUCCGGAAGAGCCUAGAACAUUUCAAAGUCCGUGGUCUUGGGCAUGUGUCGCAAAUCGAUGCGAGAGACGAGCAGUGAGAUCCUCGAGAACAUCACUGGCGACUUGCACCGCGCACUGCGGCGGAGACACUCGUCUGCUAUGGCCCAGGCCGACCGAGAACGUUGUCCUUGGCGAUGAAAGCGUCGUUCUGCAUCUUCAGCAGAUCGAAUUCGUUACCGUCAACACGAGCGACCAGGAGACGAAAGAUCUGCUGGAACACGCGAAGGAUAUCUUCAUCGGAAAUAUCAGGAGUUUGAUCAAAGUGUUGAACGCCAAGAGUCGAUCGGGGAUCGACACGUUCGUCGUAUAUCUAAGCGCCGGAAAUGCGCGAGGUGCCACCUUGACCUUGGACACCGAUGAGUCGUACAAACUGGAGCUCGUGAUGAAGGGAAAGACUUUGGAAGCCAGGAUCACGGGAAAGAAUUAUUUCGGAGUGCGUCAUGGUCUUGAGACACUCAGUCAGUUGAUCUGGUGGGACGAGGCUGCUGGUAAACAAGGUGCACUUCGCAUUCUCACGCGAGUUUCCAUCGAGGAUAAGCCUGCGUUCUCUUAUCGCGGUUUGCUCGUCGAUACCGGCAGACAGUUCUUCCCGAUCGAGGAACUGAAGAGAGUAAUUGACGGUAUGGCAGCUACAAAGCUCAAUACUUUUCACUGGCAUCUCACUGACUCCCAGAGCUUUCCCUUUGACUCGGCGCAGUUCCCGGAAAUGGCAAGAUGGGGUGCUUACAGCGGCGAUCAUAUUUAUACACCUGACGACGUGAAAGACCUGGCCGAAUACGCGAGAAUACGCGGCGUCAGAAUCGUCGUCGAGAUCGAUUCUCCGGCUCAUGCCGGUGCCGGAUGGCAGUGGGGCGCGGAACACGGUUUCGGCGAACUGGCGUUGUGCGUGGAUCAGCAGCCGUGGUCAUCGUAUUGCGGUGAACCGAACUGCGGCCAGCUGAAUCCCAUAAACGAACACUCGUAUCGAAUACUCGAAGGCCUGUAUCGAGAAUUGUUGGAUCUGACUGAAGUACGUGACGUGGUACAUCUCGGUGGCGAUGAAGUGAACCUCGAAUGCUGGGCGCAGUACGGCAACAUCACUUUAGCCAUGCAGGCACAGAAUAUGACAGAUCAUCACGUGCUUUGGGCAGAGUUUGAAACAAAAAUGCUGCAGCGACUAAUCAGGGCGAAUCAUGAUAAAAUACCGAAAGCGGUGAUUCUGUGGAGCUCACCGCUGACCAAGAGGCCGUACAUCAUGCUGUACUUUGACCCGAAGAUUCAUGUUAUUCAAUCCUGGGGCGGCAGCAACUGGCCGGAAACGCCGGAUCUAUUGGAAGACGGAUUUCGCGUAAUUCUGUCACACGUGGACGCUUGGUACCUGGAUUGUGGUUUCGGUAGGUGGCGAGAAAGUGGCGAGGCCGCGUGUGGUGAGUACCGCACUUGGCAGACUGUCUACAAUCACCGUCCAUGGAAGGAUUAUCCGCCGCAGCACUUACCGUUGGUACUUGGCGGCGAGGCGGCGAUCUGGAACGAACAGACCGGCCAAUCAUCCUUGGGACCUCGACUAUGGCCCAGGGCAUCAGCGUUUGCUGAACGAUUAUGGAGCGAUUUACCAACGAACAGUUUUUCUACGGACGAGAAUGUUUACACCAGACUGGCCACGCAUCUCGAGGUCUUAAAUAGCAGAGGCAUUAAGACGGAGUCUAUGUGGCCGCAGUGGUGUUCUCAGAAUCCCGGUAAAUGUCUCUGACCGAUCGUCAAAGAUCCGCGAACUAUCGACCAGACGUUCUACAAACGCUGUACUUUUGGAGUUGAUUAUCGCAGAACGACGGGGCGAUAUAAAAAGCGGCGACGCGUGCCGCAAACUCUGUCGAUAGUCGGAAUUAUCCGGCGCGCAGUUACAUCGCGUAUUCGUGAGUCGUGGGUGUUUUCGACUAACGGAUGUCCUGCCAACAGAACUGACAAUCGUUCCUCGAUAAAUUAUCCGACAAUUCUUUCCUUCGCAAAACUGUCAAUGUAGCAAAGACAAGGCUAUUCUCUUUACGCUCUCUCUGCGUUUCUUAACAUAUGCAGACAUGACGAAGCUACGAGAUUAUGCGGGCGACAACAAGUAAGUUUCUUAAACAGAUACUUGUUAAAGUAAUGUAAAAAAAAAAAAUGGUUGAUAAUGUUGAAUAAGGAUAUCUCUCUUAUAAAAAGAGAUUUGAAGCCGUGCUUAGUUUUAUAAGCGCUUUACUUAACGAGAAUUAAAUAAUAACGUAAAUUUUGAAAGAAAAUAUAAACAUUAUCUCAGUAAAAUGUUUCUCUAAUUCAGGGAUAUCUCUAGCAUGAGUCAUGUAUUAAUUGAAAAAAAAAAAAAAAAAAAUUGCGUCACAGAUCGUUGUUUAAUUCACCUGUCAUUUUUUAAAAUAAAAUUAUCAUUAUUUCGAGAGUGAGUUUGACGUUGCGGAAAAAUGAUAUGAUGUUUGAAAUAUAGUUGAUGUAAAAAAUAAAUAAUGAUGUUUGUGAAUUACUGCAACGAAAUUAAUGUACGUCAGAAAGAUGCGGAAUGAAAUUUAUAUAAACACAAUUACAAUUCUAACGUAAUAGACAAUUUUAAACAACGUAAUUACGUAAAGCAAUUAGGCACGAUUGCUUGUAAUAGCGAUCAUAUCGAUUAAAAUAUAAUUGUAGUAAUUUGAAUUCUUUUUUUUAUCUCGGUGACAAUUCCACUCUGAAUAUAUCGUAAAAUCACCUAGCUGUUCUUAACUUUGAGAUUUCGAGAUUCGUGUUUGAGAUUCGUAUUUGAGAUUUGUGUUGAAAUACAAAUAUCUUAUAUUUUUUGUGUGUGUCUUAUAUUCUUUAUUCUUCUACAUAAUACCUACUUUUUACUAUGUAUCUGUGGACUAGAGAAAGAAUUAUGUAUCUAAGAUAACGAAAAGGCGCAUUAAUGCUUCACGCACUUUGGCAACGCGUAAGAGACUAGCUGCUACGUUAUUUUUCUGAUUUCACAAAACAAGGGCAUUUCUGUGUGAACGCUCUUAUACAAAUAUGUUAAUUUAAAAUUUCUUUGCUGGAACACUACACGAGCUCGCGUCGAGUAUCUAUUUGGCAACUGUUUUAGCACAUAAUUAAACUUUUUAUUUUAAGUAAGUGAUGUUAAUGUUCGGGCCUAUUCUGUAAUCUUUAGCGCGCAUGCGUUUCAGACAUAGCGUUAUUACAAAACUUAGCGCAGACGAAAUGUAUCCAAAAAUAGUUGCGUAACGAUUACGUUAACGAUACGUUAACAAAAUUGUCGUUAUAAGUUACAGAAUAAUAAUAAUAAUAAUGAAAGUAACAAAGAACGCGCGCAAGAAGCGCAUAGCAAAUCGACGUUAUGAUGUUAAUAAAUGUCGAUAAAAAGAGAAAGAGAGAGAGUUGUCUGUGUUUGAAAUUAUCUUAACAAUUAUCAAAAUAUGUAUGUAUGCUUGGCAUCAUUAAGUUCCGCCGGUUCUUCCGCUGAUGAUGCUAAUUCUCUAAUUAUUGUCAAAACGCGAAAAAAUCUGACUGAUAUAACACACGCAAAAAGCUCGCCCGAUUAUAGUAAUUUCAAGAUGUGUAUGCAACGUUGUUUCAGCAACGCAGAAUUGAUAAUGGCGUAAAUAACGUAAUCGCGAACGGGAUUUGCCCCUGUUUGUUCUCUGUAGUACAACAUGGCCUAUGCAUUAAUGAAACUCGAGUGAUUUAUCGAGACAUUUGUAAAUACUUUGUACGACGUAGGGAGCAACGUUUAGUAUAAAAUAAAUAUAUAUGUAUAGAUAGACAAAUAGAUAUUAUAUAUAUAUAUUAUUUAUAUAUAUAUAUAUAUAUCGCGAUAGAUAUUUAGGCGAAUAGAUAGACGAAAUAAGCAACUGCUCAUAAGAGACAACGGGGGCAAGGAAAUGUUUGUAUCUGGAAGAGAAGAUGAAAAUCUGUACUUAUUGAUACUUACAGAUAUUGAGAUGGUUAAGAGGAGCUAAGCCUGGUGCGCGUUUGUAUAUAAAAGAAGAUAUACGUAAUAAUUGUAAGGAUACUAUAUUUAUUUGAUUUGAAUUCAAUAAAGAUUGUUAUCAUUA